ACCGCCCACCACCGGGCUCCGCCUUCGUUCCCGGAAGUCGCCCGCGGCGGGCAGGGCCAUCCCGGCGACUCCCGCGUCUCCCGCGCAGCCCGGCGGCCGGAAGCGCACGCCCGCGCGAAGCCUGUCCCUUGCGGCGCGCCGUCCGAGGCCGACAGCGCCUGCGCGGAGUCGACGCGGGCCCGCCUGGGACGGGCCGGCAUGGCGUUCCGGCAGGCGCUGCAGCUGGCGGCCUGCGGCCUGGCCGGGGGCUCGGCCGCCGUGUUCUUCUCGGCGGUGGCAGUGGGGAAGCCCCGGGCGGGCGGGGACGCGGAGCUGCGCGUGGUCGAGCCGCCGGCGUGGGCGGGGGCCGCGCGCCCCGGGCCCGGCGUCUGGGACUCCAACUGGGACAGGAGAGAACCGCUGUCCCUGGUCAACCUGCGGAAGAGGAACCUGGAGCCCGGAGAAGAAGAGCUGGCGUCCAGGCUGGACCACUACAAGGCCAAGGCCACACGGCACAUCUUCCUCAUUAGGCACUCCCAGUACCACGUGGACGCCUCCCUGGAGAAGGACCGCACGCUGACGCCCCUGGGUCGUGAGCAGGCUGAACUAACCGGUCUCCGACUUGCAAGCUUGGGGUUGAAGUUUAAUAAAAUCGUCCAUUCCUCCAUGACCCGUGCAAUAGAAACCACUGACAUCAUCAGCAAACACCUGCCAGGCGUCUGCAGGGUCAGCACAGACCUGCUGAGGGAAGGCGCCCCCAUCGAGCCUGACCCCCCCGUGUCUCACUGGAAGCCGGAGGCUGUGCAGUAUUACGAGGACGGGGCGCGGAUCGAGGCCGCCUUCCGGAACUACAUCCACCGGGCGGACGCCAAGCAGCAGGAGGACAGCUACGAGAUCUUCAUCUGCCACGCCAACGUCAUCCGCUAUAUCGUGUGCAGGGCGCUGCAGUUCCCUCCUGAAGGCUGGCUCCGCCUUUCCCUCAACAACGGCAGCAUUACCCACCUGGUAGUCCGGCCAGAUGGCCGAGUGGCUCUCAGGACCCUCGGGGACACGGGGUUCAUGCCUCCUGACAAGAUCUCCCGCUCCUGAGGGCCGCCUCGAGGCCCCGCUCUCCUUCUCAGCCCCCUGCCGGCCUGGUGUGGGUGCCACCGAGACCGCGGGCUCCUCCCCUGCCCCCCACCGGCCGCGCCAUGGGGCCGGCGCUCCAGGGCUCCAGGGCUCCAGGGCUCCGGGGCGCGGCAGCCGGAGAGAAGGCGGCUCCACGUUGCGGCGCUGCAGCACUGAGCUUCUGGCCCAGGAUGGAGAAGGGAAGCGCUCAGGUCAGAUCAGCUUCGUCUCUCGCAGUGUCUCUGCCUCACUCUCGUCCACCAGGAUGAGCCCGUGGGGUCUAAGCAGGCCUGUUUCAGGGACUGGACGAGGCCCGCAGAUGCCGUCCCCGCAGGGGCCGCGGCAGACACCGCAGCGCGCCGUCCGUCAGCAGAGCCCGUCAGGCAGGAGGAGGAGGGCGCCCGUGCUUCUUCCAUUCGUAACUUAUUUCGCUGCUUACACUCUUUUUUCAUUGCCUAGAACUCUUUGUCACUUAAGUUUUUAUUAAUUGAAGAUUUUCCUCAUCUGGUUCUUGCUUUGAAAACCCAUUUCUCACUCCCGAGUCACACAGCCCUGCCGCUGUUGGAUCUGAACUCACGUGUGUUGCUAGGCCUUUCCGGACACAGAGGAGGGGCACCUUGGCAGGUGAGGGAGGUGACUCGACCUGCUGGUCUUGUGGGAGGGGCCGGGCAGUGAUGGCCCAGGAGGGGCCCUGUUUCAAUAAAGUGUCUGGCUGACAGUUCAGUCCUUGUUUGCCUGUGGCUAUUAAUCUUUUAUGCUUGUGGAUUAGAAUAUGUAGAUACGAUGUGUCCAUCCCAAAUCUCCAUUUAUUUAGGAGAAAGUACAAUUUCUAUGAAGUGGUUAUGAAUAUUUUUUGCAAUCAGUGCAACUAAUUGUGAUAUUUGAUCCAUUUCUGUCAAUUUUGGAAAUAACUACAAAAUGAAAUUUUGUUUUCCUGGUUUUUCAAAGUACUAAUUGUGAAUGUUUUAAAGGAAACAGGAAGCCUGUGCAGCACGACCAACAGCAGCCCCACACUUGCUGAGAUAGUUUCAGCAGAAAGCUCUCUUCCCCAGUCUUUUGUGCACCCUGCGCUGACAGUUUUGCAGGGUGUCUGCCCACCAGGGGCCUCAGUGAGAGGCCCUGACCCAGGACAGUGAGCUUGACGGUUGAGGAAGGAGCCCGAGGGCACGUGUAAGCAGAGACCCCUCCCUGCGGGCCUCCACGCACGCACAGACCUGCGCGGUUCCAGCAGCCUGGGGGACAAACCCGGCCGGGGAUGCCUGACGAGGCAGUCACCCCACAGGUGUUCCCUCUGAGCUGCGAAUGCUUCUGGAAACAUCCAAAAACUAUCCCAGAGGAUCCGUGUGGAUCCAGGAGUGGGGAACCUUCUGGAGCUGCGUGCACUGCAGCCCCUGGCACCUCAGCCACCACCUGCUGCAUCGGGGGUUUCCCGUCACCUCUUCCCAACUGAAGAAACUACACACUGAUUGUCAGUGUCACAGAAAGGCUCCCCAUUUCCCAGGGCAGUUAUAAAAUAUCUGAUAGUUUUUAACUGAUGCCAAGAUUUUUCACAACCGUGUUAGGAAAGAAAGGGCCCCAAACAGCAAAUAAACCACUCUCAGAUUAAUGUUCUGUUUAACCAAAAUAACUGCUUAAGAUUUUGCUAAAAAGGACACUUUGCCUGGGCACAGGUGAGAGAGGUCUUUCUGAAAGCUCGGAAUGAUUACCAGGUGGUUUUAAAAAUAAUUUAUUUCAUUAAGUAGUUUUAAAAAGAUAAAAUCACCACAGGACACAUGACAAUGCAUUCAGUGGAACCGGGGCCAACUUAUACAAACAAAUGGAGAAAUAGUCAAAGAAGGCCUAAACGUCAGAAAACAGGAAUAGCGGUCUGCAAAAUAAGGGCAAAUCACCACUUUAACUAACUUCCAUCUGAAUAUUUACAAAAAUAUAUAGGACGGCACGGUCAAAUUUUAGAGAAAACAUCAUCACUAUGACUACAUCUGUGUUCUGAUUUCUUUGAGAAUAGAGAUGUCUUUUUAAAAUGCCAUUUGGUUUUUAGAACAGAAUGUAUUUUUCUGUCUUAUACUUAAGUCGUCUGCUACACAAGUGAAAACACCCUGUGUAACAACCUUUUGAAUUUUAAAAUCCAAAUCUUGGUUCCAAUAUUCCUGACCUGUCUCUCGUUACCGUGUGAAAGAAAUGUUUUGUUUUGUUUUUUUUUACAUAAAUUUAAAUUCAGAAUAUUUACAAAUAAAAAAAUCUCACGUCUACUUUCUAUCACUGUAUAUUCUCAAAAAGUAAGUUCAGGAGAACCAAAAGUGAUUUACAAAAGGCACUGAGCUCAGCAGAAGCGUUAGAAGUUCUCACUUUGGAUCACACACUGGCAGUGUCCCCAGAACACCGCUGUGAGCAGUCGUUGGUGACACCCAGAGAAACAGCCCUCAGCUCGGCUGCAGCGUCCUGGCACAGAAAGCUGUGUGUGCACAGACCCUCCAGCAGGUACAGCCAAGGGGGAGGGAAGACAAACUGCACUAAAGGAACGGAGCUGGGAUCAGAUACGUCCUCCAAAGUAAACCUUUCUUUUCUGUACCAAAACGCAACGCUCUUUCAUAAAGCAAAUCCAACUGAAAUGCGUUCUAAAGUAUGGGGUACAUUUCAAAACUAGGAAACGACUUUCAGGUUAUUCUAUUACCACUGCACUGACAGCUAAAUAAGGUGCACUGUGAAAGGUCAAGUGCUGGUGAAAAAGAAAAUACCUUCCAGUGACCGCUGGUUCGGGAGCUGUGUGUGACUCUGCAUGACUCCCAACGGCUAGGAUUUUUCCAAGAGAAAAGCUAGUUUCAUCCUCUGGUCACUCAUUCAAAUGACUCAACUUGUAAGUGUCGCUGCAAGUCUCCGACACGUUGAAGGCUCGUUCACUCCUGGAUGCCCACCUCGCCAGUGUCUAACCAGCGGGGCUGACCAGCAAAGCAGAGAGGCUUUUCUGUCACGAACCAGGAAGUCAAAGACCCUCCCCAGCAAAGGAAGAGGCACAAAAUUCACCUGUGUUUUAGGAACAGAGCUGAAGUGAGCGCAGCUGCUGUGGGGGGAUGGGGGCCCGCGGGGCACCCCGGCCUCUCUGGCGCCCUCCUGUGCACCUGGGGCAGCUAACGAGCCUGUCGCCACCACAUGGACGGUUUCCAGAAAAUCUGCGUCUGAGUUUGCUUUCACCCACUUCUCUCCAAAUACCAGAAAGCUACAUUUUAUACAGGACAUCUGCAUUUUCUAAAAUUCUUUUACCCUCUAAAUGAGGAUUGAUAGAUUAAUCGGAAUAUAUUCUUUAUUUGGGUGAAACUUUAGCAAUAAACACGUUACCUGUCUUCUCCCUUUUUUUCUUUUUUUUUU